GGCGGGGGCGGCAGGAGGCCAUGCCUCCAGCUGCGGAGGCUGCCGCACAGCUGGAGCGGCCGCGGUCACCUGCGCGGCGCCAUCGCCCUUGCGCUCGCAGUGUCCAGCCCGCCACGGCGGACUUCACAGUGCGCGGUGAGAGUCAGCACCGAGGGCGCCCGGCGUAGGCGGCGGCGGGUGUGGGCCGAGCCGGUAUUUAUAGCUCGGUGACAGCAGCAGUGGCAGCGACGCCGCCGGUCCGUCUUGCUGCGCUUCCCAGCGAGGCCGCCGGCGCGCCGGAGGGCUGUGCUUGACCCGGUCUCCCGUGUGCAGUCGCCCGGAGCCUGCGCAGCCCCUUCGGUAAACUGCGGCAUUGAAGUUUUGAAGGAUGGGUAAAGACUUCCGCUAUUAUUUUCAGCAUCCCUGGUCUCGCAUGAUCGUGGCUUAUUUGGUGAUCUUCUUUAAUUUCUUAAUCUUUGCGGAGGACCCAGUUUCUCACAGCCAAACAGAAGCCAAUGUUAUUGUUGUUGGAAACUGUUUUUCAUUUGUAACAAAUAAAUACCCUAGAGGAGUUGGCUGGAGGAUUUUGAAGGUGCUUCUAUGGCUACUUGCCAUUCUCAUAGGACUAAUAGCUGGCAAAUUUCUCUUCCAUCAGCGUUUGUUUGGUCAGUUGCUGAGGUUAAAAAUGUUUCGAGAGGAUCAUGGAUCUUGGAUGACGAUGUUCUUCAGCACAAUUCUCUUUCUCUUCAUCUUUUCUCACAUUUACAACACGAUUCUUCUGAUGGAUGGCAACAUGGGAGCAUAUAUCAUUACAGACUAUAUGGGCAUCCGCAAUGAAAGUUUCAUGAAAUUAGCUGCAGUAGGGACCUGGAUGGGGGACUUUGUCACAGCUUGGAUGGUCACUGAUAUGAUGCUGCAGGACAAACCCUAUCCUGAUUGGGGAAAAUCUGCAAGAGCUUUCUGGAAGAAAGGAAAUGUUAGGAUCAUUUUAUUCUGGACAGUUCUUUUUACUCUGACUUCUGUGGUCGUACUUGUCAUUACAACUGACUGGAUCAGCUGGGACAAGCUGAACCGGGGAUUUUUGCCCAGUGAUGAGGUUUCCAGAGCAUUCCUUGCUUCUUUCAUCUUGGUCUUUGACCUUCUUAUUGUGAUGCAGAUCUUAAAGCCGACACUUCAUUAAAGCCACCAACAUGUGACCCUUAGAAAACAGAUCCAGCUUCCUCUGCUUUACUCUCAGAAUAAACCUGACCUUGGAAUCAUUCGAGGAAAUCAACUAUGCAUGUUGGCCAUUUCCAUGACUUUCCCCUGUAUGCCAAUUGCUGUUCAGGCAUCACCUCAUCCUCCCCCCAAAAACUGUGAUGUGGAUAUUUUCAAGAGCAAUCUGUACAUGAAGAGACUGAAAUCUAGGAAGGCUCAGAAGACCAUCCUCCUCCUUUUUCUGCCUUCUUUCAAUAAAUAACCGACAUUUCAUUAACCUCAUACAUCCAUUUUCCAUUAAGAUGAGCUCAAAAUGUUCUGAAAAAAUGGUAGCAGUUCUUUCCAUCCCACCCCAAGUCAAUUUAGGCCAGAGUUUACACUGAUUCAAGAAUAAUAAGUUUGAAGAGCUACGUAGAGUAGGAAUUGAAUUGUAAUAACUGGAGUAGUUGAGGAAGAGAUUGGAGACAGGGAGUUGAGGGAUUAAAAGUUUUGACAAAGCAAAACAUGAUUAUUAUAAAAAUAAAAUAGAAGGAGUGGAUCUGGAAGACUUUAUGAAUAAGACAUCAUCUUUUUGCUUAUGAUUUUUUAAGAAAAAAUUCUUAUAUGGCACCACCUCUUUUUCUCAUAUCUCAACCCCCAGCCCCUGCCACUGACUCCCUUCCCUGAGCAUCUUUUAAGAAUCCCAAAAGUCAUCAUCCACAUAAACAUCAAGACUUCUUCUUCUCCCUUUUCCCUCUACUCCCCAUUUCCUUAACUCUUCUUUCUAUCUCCAAGUACAGGUGGGAAAUAAUUGAGAAACCACUUUUCAGUGAAUGGAAUUUUGAUCGCAGUUCACAUGAAAUCUCCAGAGAUUGCUUUCAAACCAAAACCAAUUUCACACCCAGUAGAAAAGUUCAGUUUCACAAAAGGAAAAACCAAAUGGGAGCAUCCAAGAAAUGUCUUUCUAAAAAGAAGCCAAUUCUAAAUACAAUGGCCCAAUUACUACCAGGAAAUAUUCUUUUCCUUAAGCCAAGAAAUGAAAAGAGAAUUGCUGUAUCGAUGAUAAGGUGUCAUUUAUCCAGGGCAAGUGAAAGAUAUUCUAGUUACAAGUCAUUUUCUUUUCCAAGCAUAUGUUUUCAUCAGUUAUAUUUUAACAAAGGCCUAAAUUUAAUAUAAAUUUUCUUGCAAGUAGCACAGAAAGAGCAAAAGAUGGUAUUAGUGAGGGAAAAAGGGAAGGCAAAUGCUACACUACAGCCUUACCAGUAGUUAACAGGUACCAUUACCAAUUCAGUUUUUGCUAAUGUUUCAGAUCAAAAUAUUCCAAAUUCAUUCAGCUUUAGUGCUUUGGAUUUUCUAAACUUUCCAAAUGACAUGUCUAUUUGCUGAUGGUAUCUGAAAAAUAAGGGGAGGCGAGACCAAUAUGAGAUUCAUUCACACACACACACACACACACACACACACUGAUAGAAAAGAUAUGAUGCAUUCUUUCAUCUUUUUUCUUUGUGUACUUUUUUCAUAUUGUCAGCUUGAAAUGAUUCCCAGAUGAGGAACCUACUAGACACUGAAGGCUUUACUCUACUCACACAGCCUCCUUCCCUCCAGCCUUAUUCUUCUUUAGUCAGUGUGCUCAACAGACAGAGUAGUGGAAUGGACAUGGAAACUCCUAAAAAGUUCAGGCAGUCCUAUUUGCAAACUUCUGUCAGCUACAUAGGUAGAAGUCUUGGAUAAAUUUAACUGUUUUACAUUCAGCUAAUGGAUUGAAAUUUCAAAUUAAUAUUUUGUUCAAGACUUUCAUAUUUAAGUUGGUUAAAAUAUUAAUUAGAUAUAGCACUGAUGAUUUCAUGAUAAUUUAGUAAUUAAAGCAGAAUUGUGUGUAUUAAUACCUGUGAAUCCAUCUCAAAUGUUUUUUCAGAUUUAAUGUAUUGUUUCUUUAUAUACUCAUCAUGAACUUUAAUUUGGUGCCUCUCUCUAAAAACCAAGAGCAGGUGAGACACAAAAUAACUAAUGUCAGUGUGGGAAUUAGUUCCCUGUUGGUCUCUAGUGCCACCGUGUCAGGUCCUCCAUCUUUUGGCUCAAAUUGAUCUGAAUUCCAAGAAAUCUGGACAGGAAUAUUUGAUACUGUACAUUCUGAACAGCUGCUAGCAGAGAUGAUUAAUAAAGCCCCCUGGUAUAAGUUGAAGAAUUUGGUUAAGUGAAUGAAAUCCUCUUUACUUUGUCCUCUUCUACAACACAUGUUAUUAGAGGUUCAUAUUUUUUAAAAAUAACAAAACAAAAUAUAACAUAUUUAUUUCAAAUUUAUUAAAUACAGAUCACUUCCUUUCUCUAAAAAUGUAAGAUCAGUUCUCCAGAAUGCAAGAGAUAAACAUAUAUAGAUGUAAAUCAUUUCUGUGUUAGUUUAUUAUGACUACAUUAAAGAGAAAAAUCUAAGGAUCUAAGUUAUGACUUAAUUUUGAUUUUGAAUGCAUACUGCUACCUAAUGUACAUAAAAUAACCAUCACAGAAUGAAAUUGAUGCAUCCAACAGCUGUCUGCAUUUAAAUGAUUAUAAAAUGAAUACUUUUAAGAAGUCAGUUUGGGAAGUUUUUGCUACUUGGAAAUGAAACAAAUCACAAAUAUGAUUUUAUGUUGAUUUUC